AGGUUCUAUGACAUCAGGACCAUCAGGACAAAAUUAUGUCCUGUUCACAGUUUGUAUUCAAUUAUUAUCCGUUCCCCAGUUCACUUGCUAUGGAACACAGCUAGUGAAAGCAGCGAAAUGUGUUCCUGCAAGCAAAACAAAGUUUUGCGUCGCAGUCCUCGACUGAAUAAGAGCGAGUGUAAUAAUACAGAUGACCAUAACACUGAUGUUUUGCGUCGCAGUCCUCGACUGAAUAAGAGCGAGUAUAAUAAUACAGAUGACAACAAAAUUGAAGUGUUACGUCGCAGUUCUCGGCUGAUUAAGAGCGAGUAUUAUAAACCCAGUGACUACAACACUGUGCUCCGUCACAGCCCUCGACUGAUUACGAACGGGUAUUAUCAUCCAGAUGACCACAACAUUCGUCUGGUCUCCUAUAAGGAGACUCCUGUCAGGAUCUUCAAGAAAAGAAGGAGGAAAAAAAGAGCAGACAAGAACUGUACAGACUUAAUGACGGAUGUACAGGAACUGCAAAUAGAUGAAGUGAUGCUGGAAAAUGAUCAUCAGCAGAUUUUAUCAGCAGACUUCACUCAUCAGCAGAUUUUAUCAGCAGACUUCACUCAUCAGCAGACUUCCAUCCCCAGCAUUGGUUCCCUAGUUGUAUGGAAGCUUGUUUCUUUUGCCUUCCUCUUCUUCCUGUUAGGAUGCGUUUCUAUUUUUGCGUGCGUGUUCUUUUCAUCGUACCUGCAUCACACACAUACACAGCAGUGCUCACAUAUAAAAGAUUAUCUAAUGAAUGAGAUUGAGUUACUAAAGCAGUCUAUCAGAGAGCAGAGGCUAUUACACCAAGACUUUGACAAAAAAUUAUACAAGGCGCUGAGUCUUUACAGAGCUGAUGGUAUUGGAAUGGCUGACCACGCAUUACAAUCUUUUGGUGCCAAAAUCAUAGCCAGUUCGGAGAGUCAUAAAACGAAAUACUGCAAAAUGCUGGGUUUCAGUUUCUGGUGCCAAAAUAACGGCCCUGAAACUGUUAUACAGCCAGAAGUCUUCCCUGGUAAAUGUUGGGCAUUUAAAGGUUCAGAAGGAUACCUAGUCAUCUCUCUCCCCAGCCCCAUACAUGUGACCAAUGUGACCCUGGAGCACCUACCCAGAGUGCUCUCUCCCACCCAGAACAUCCACUCUGCACCCAAAGAGUUUUCGGUUUAUGGAAGGGUCAGUAUGAACGAUGAAGGAAAACAUCUUGGAACAUUCACCUAUGACCAGGAUGGAGAACCGAUUCAAACUUUUCAACUUCCGGACUCUUCGACUGAGCCAUAUCAACUGGUGGAACUGAGGAUACUGAGUAACUGGGGCCACCCUGACUAUACCUGUGUGUACCGUUUUAGGAUACACAGCCAGUAAAAAGAAUACAGCCAGAAGAAGUAUCAUGUAAUUUUAACAUAAAUUUGUACAGUGCAUUUAUAAAAUAUUCAGACACCGUU